GAUGUGUUUGGCGAUGACUCCGAGGUGUCCAAGGAAUCCUCCGGCGUCAAGAAGCAGCGACGCAUUCCGCGCUUCGAGGAGGUUGAGGAUGAGCCUGAGGUCAUUCCAGGUCCACCGUCGGAGAGCCCAGGAAUGCUGACCAAGCUCCAGAUCAAGCAGAUGAUGGAAGCAGCCACGCGGCAGAUCGAAGAGAGGAAAAAGCAGCUGAGUUUCAUCAGCCCUCCAACACCACAGCCCAAAAUCUCUUCGUCGUCGCAGUCGGAACGUCUUCCCAUCGGGAACACCAUCCAGCCCUCACAGGCUGCCACCUUCAUGAAUGAUGCUAUUGAGAAGGCCAGGAAAGCUGCAGAACUCCAGGCCAGGAUCCAAGCCCAGUUGGCUUUGAAACCAGGUCUCAUCGGCAACGCCAACAUGGUUGGCUUGGCCAACCUCCACGCCAUGGGCAUCGCGCCGCCGAAAGUGGAGCUGAAGGACCAGACCAAACCCACCCCACUGAUCCUGGACGAGCAAGGCCGAACGGUCGACGCGACGGGGAAAGAGAUCGAGUUGACCCAUCGCAUGCCAACCUUGAAGGCAAAUAUCAGAGCGGUGAAGAGAGAGCAGUUCAAGCAGCAGCUCAAGGAAAAACCUUCAGAAGACAUGGAGUCCAACACGUACUUCGACCCCAGGGUGUCCAUCACCCCUGCCCAGCGUCAGAAACGCACCUUCAAGUUCCACGAAAAAGGCAAAUUCGAGAAGAUUGCCCAGAGGUUACGAACGAAG